AUGGAUAAUUCGGACGCUCUGCUGAGCGACCUUUGCUCUAUAUGCCACAUCAAUCCCCCGAAGUACCGCUGUCCGCGUUGCUCAACUCGCACCUGCUCUCUCCCCUGCAUAAAACGGCACAAGCUGUGGUCUCAAUGCUCCGGUGUGCGAGACCCAGCUGCGUACCUGCGGCGUAGCGAGCUAGCAACAGAGUCCGCCUUCGAUCGCGACUUCAACUUCAUCACCGGCAUCGAGCGCUCGCUAGAACGCGCCGAGAGAGAUGCUGAGAAUCGUGGCAUUGAUCUUGGACGAGAUCAGGUCAACGAGGCGGGGAAUGGUGAUGCCACAGAGUCUGGGUCCUCCCGCAAGAGAAAACACCCCCAGCAGGGCCUAGUCAAGGGAGAAGCUGGGUUCUUGCGCGGCGCGGAGUCGGGCCAGGUUACUGUGAUCAGAGCGCCGAGGGGGAUGACGAGAAACAAGCAAAAUGGAUCGCGCUGGCAUCCAAAACAUAAGUGCCUUAGUUGGACAGUUGAAUGGGUCUCUACAACCAAAGGAAAGACUCUGCAUAAUUGCCUCGAAACUUGCUCGAUUGCGGAGGCUUACGAUCGUGCAUUUCCCGUUCCGAGGUCAGAACGAUUACACCUCGGCAAACAAACAGCGGAUGAGAAAGACGAAGCGAGGGGCGAAGAGAAGGGCGAAGAGAAGGGCGAAGAGAAGGGCGAAGCGAAGGGCGAAGCGAAGGGCGAAGCGAAGGGCGACGUGGUCCCUAAGGCAGAGCCGGCAGGCGGUACUCGGAUAGCUUCAAGGGAGGAAGCAGACACCAUCGACUCAGCAGACGUGCAACCAGCCGAGCCAGUCAGCUCAUUAGCGGCGGAGGAACCACCAGAUGAAACACCUGAGACCACCGAAGACAUACCCGCGGAUUUUCCUGUCGCUUCUCAUCGAGGGAUGCAUUUCUACCUUCACCGUCCUCGAACAGCUACAAAGAAGCCGGUGCUAGUACCGUUACCGCCAUCAAAAACAUUGGCCGCGGCCCUUCGGAAACGGACAGUACUUGAAUUUCCAACGAUCUACACCCUAUCAGAAUCUCCCGACCAGUUGGCUGCACAGAAGGAUUCAUCGCAGUUCAUUUUGGAGGACGAUUUCAUGCUAAAUAUUGGCCCAGAAGCCGCGAAGGAAUUGGCCGAGUCUGAAGAGACUGGAACGGACUCUGAUGCUUCGGAGCUUCCUGGGAACGUAGCGGAUCUGCAAGAGCUGGAUGAGAAGAAAGUACUAGAGGUCUUGAAACAGGAUCUGUUUGAAUCAGAAGCGUAA